GAUCUGUGCGUUCUAGAACGCAUGCGCCAUGUGUUGAAGACGCAAAGAAAAUGGCGGACGAACAGCAGCCCAUGCAGACCGGAGACGCGGGAAACGCCGCUACUGGCGAUCCUCAGCCCAUGGAGACGCCGCACGAGAAGCUGGGGCUUACCGAGAACGUGCAGAAAAUGAUAACAGCCGAGAAGGAAGCGGCAGAAAAGCCGAUAAAGCAGAAAGUCGAACUGCAGUCCCUGCCGACGCGGGCUUAUUUGGACCAAACAGUCGUUCCCAUCCUUCUGCAGGGACUUUCCACCCUGGCGAAAGAGCGUCCACCCAACCCCAUAGAGUAUCUUGCAGCCUAUCUACUCAAGAACAAAUCUAAGUUCGAGGAACAGUGAAGGAGCCGACCAGCAAGACUGGAGCGGUACAGAUGACCCCUGCAGUUCCGUUUGACCCAUGGAGACACCGCUCUGCCCAGAUGACAACCCGUUUCCAGGACAGCUAGUCUACAGUCUACUGCAUCACUUGGGAUUUCAUCACAACACACGGUGUUGGACAGCUUCACAUGAAAGCGACCAACAUUCACAGAAAGAAGACUUUAAGGACCUUAAAGAGGCAUAAGAUGACAUAUAUUUUGGUCAACAUGUAUAACAUUCCCUCAGUGCCAGAUAUGACUUUUUCCUGAAAGACGUCACAUAAUCAUACUUUUGUACCCUUUCAGUCUUUAUUUUGUAUCUUCUUACUCAUAAAAUAAUUGAGAUACAAGUGAGACCUGGUUGAUAUGUUGGAUUUGGGCAAUUUGAUAAUCUGCUUCAGCUCGACCAUAUCAAGUCACUUAUCACAAACUGUAUUUGCAAGAGGCACCGCAGUCAAUGAUACUAUGUUCAGUUGUCAACUACCAUGGAAUAUAGUAUACUAGUAAUAGUUUUACACUAUACCAUCUUUCUUGCCUGUACCUGAAUUAGCAGCAUGAUGGUUUUGGCCCUCCAAGGCAUUCUGUUCUUUUAACAGUCACUGUACAAAUUCAUAUACAUGUGUGUUUCCAAAUUGUCUCUACCAGACUGACUAUGCUGGCUGAUAUCGCUUAUAAGUUAUAUAAUACAUGUAUAUGGAGAAUAAUUUGCCAGGGGAGUUUUGCAACCAGAGGAUUUGACUGACUCCCCUGGCCAAUUUCCCGACUUUUUUUAGAAUUCUACGAUUGGCUAUUGACCAUGCUUCUAACUCUCUGACUGCAGACUUUGGGUUGGAUUAGCAAUACUGAUUUCCUGUAUUGGCAAUGAAGAUACUUUGAUGAUGUUGUAUGAAAUACUAAGUAAUGUUGCAGGAAGUAGACAGUUUUGGGUCUACCUUUGGAUUAUGACUAAAGCCCUCAUUGUGGUUGCUAAAAUGUGUAUGUAGUAUGUCACUUUACAUUUUUCUGGUUACAACAGAUCAUAUUUGCAGUUAUGGACAAAAAGUGUAUUUAUGUCAUUUUCUGCAUUUUUAUGUAUGUCAGUAUGAUAGAGUUAAAUAUUAUGGAGGUUAAUCACUAGUAAUAAAUCAGUGUUGUUGGUAUACAAAA